CGUGCGCCGGGCGUGCGUCGUGCGGCGAUUUCCUGACGGUCAUUGUCCAUCAAUUUACCCAAAAUCACCCAAUGAUGCCCGCUUCAUACGCGUGAUAUAUCUAUAUAUACGUUAUUUUAUUGUGCGACGAGAGAGUAGAGACACGAGAGCGACGGCUUCGCAGCGUUCCAGUUGUGCGCGUACAAGUACACGACAGCACGGCGUUGGCAUAUUUUUGUGUAAAAAAACAAUCGACUAGUCGCAAAACUCUUCCACAGCAAAGGAUUGUUAAUCUUAUCUGCGAGAUCUUUAACGAUAAAAGUUAACUGCGACCGGAAAAGCACAGCAGGAAAAAUGUCGAGCACAUCACAAAAACAUAAGAAUUUUGUGGCAGAGCCUAUGGGAGAAAAGCCUGUCACAGAUCUUGCAGGUGUAGGUGAAGUGUUAGGAAAGCGCCUAGAAGCAGCUGGCUUUGAUAAGGCAUAUGUAGUUCUUGGUCAGUUUUUAGUUUUGAAAAAAGACAAGGAACUAUUCCAGGAAUGGAUGAAAGACACAUGUCAAGCAAACACAAAACAGUCAAAUGACUGCUAUCAAUGUUUAGUUGAUUGGUGCGACGAAUUUUUGUAAAUUACCCAAAGAACAUUCAUUAAUUUAAUUAUCUUACUUUAUCCUGAUUAUGGUUUAGUCGAUGUGUAUUUGUUUAAAUACUGUAAAUCUUUUUUAAAUGGUUUACUUGAUGUAAUUACCAGACGGUUAUUUUUAUUGAUUCAACAAUUACUAAUUUUUUAAUUCAUGACACUAGAAAUUACUUAAGAAUCAAAUCAAGAUUAAAUGUGUACUACUUUUAAUGUGAAGUACAAGUGUGACAGAAAACUUAAUUAAAAUGUAUUUAAUAACUUUUUAAUAUUUUUUUUUUUUUAUAAUUUUACAAAAACAUGUACAUAUAGUGAGACUAAGAGAAAAAAUAAAUGAUUAUAAGAAACCAUGUA